GAGACUCAAUUUAUAAAUUGUUUUCCAAUAAUAUGCAGUGUUAUGAGUUGUGACAAAGAAAAAAGAAAAGUGAAGAAACAGCAAAAGAAAAACAAAAAAAAAAAGCUUCCAGUUGUUGUGUUGUGUAAGCUGCUUCCAUUUCACUGUUUAAUGUAAGGCAUGUCUUUCCUCAUCACCUACCUCUGACAACUCCACAUCUUCUUCUCAUUGCCCCGGUCAAUACCCAUUUCUCAAAAUCCCCACUUCUCACAUGGAAACCCUACAAAAAUCCCUUCAUUUUUUGACAUUGCUGUAACCCCUUUUCUAGCUUUUCAAUAUGGUUUCUUCUGGGAUUUCCUCCUACAGUCUUUACAAACAUCCAAGCUCUUAAAUUAAACUUCUUUUCUUUCUUUUUUCCCCCUUUUCGUCUCUUACCAGCACUGUCUCAACAAGGCAUCUUGGUGUAGGUGAAGAUGGCCUCUGAUCUGAACAAAACUCUGUCAAAAGAGUACAUUGGUCUGCAAUUGUGGGUUCUUAUUGUAAUUUGCUUAGGAGUGGUAUUCUUAGUUAUCCUUAGCAUAUCACUGUGGCUUAGCUUUCGGAAGAAAUCCAGAAGGGCGAAUGUGAUGCUUCCUCUCACCCAAGUUCCAUAUGUUUCAGAGGAAAUUAAAGAGAUAAGAGUUGAUCAAGCUUCUGCAAACAAUGGUAACACCCUUAAUGAGAAAUUCAGUGACAAAGGUUCAGAGAAGGGUUUGUUUAACGUAGAUAAUGGAGAGGAUAGCGGUCAGUCGGGUUCUUUUAAUCAUGUAGAUAAGGAUGUUAAAGGAUCUCAACCAGGAGAAGAGGGAGCUACUGGGGCAGUAUCUACAUACAGGCCUUCUUCAAAUCCUCUGACAGCUCCUUCACCUUUGUCUGGCCUGCCUGAAUUUUCGCGCCUAGGCUGGGGUCAUUGGUUCACUCUCAGGGACCUACACCUUGCAACUAACCGGUUUUCAAAGGAUAAUAUUAUUGGUGAUGGUGGAUAUGGAGUUGUUUAUAGAGGCAAUCUGAUUAACGGGACUCCUGUAGCCGUCAAAAAGCUUCUUAACAAUCCGGGACAAGCUGACAAGGAUUUCAGGGUGGAAGUUGAAGCCAUUGGUCACGUGCGGCAUAAAAACUUAGUUCGUCUUCUUGGAUACUGUAUCGAGGGCACACAAAGGUUGUUGGUUUAUGAAUACGUCAAUAAUGGCAAUUUGGAGCAAUGGCUCCGUGGAGAUAUGUCUGACAAGGGAUAUCUUACCUGGGAGGCUCGCAUAAAGAUUCUUCUUGGCACCGCCAAGGCGCUGGCAUAUUUGCACGAGGCUAUUGAACCAAAAGUCGUGCAUAGGGACAUAAAAUCAAGUAAUAUACUGAUUGAUGACAACUUUGAUGCGAAGAUAUCCGAUUUUGGUCUGGCCAAGUUGCUAGGUGAUGGGAAAAGUUAUAUCACAACUCGAGUUAUGGGUACCUUUGGUUAUGUUGCUCCAGAGUAUGCAAACUCUGGCCUCCUGAAUGAGAAGAGUGAUGUUUAUAGCUUUGGUGUUGUGCUCUUAGAAGCAAUUACUGGAAGAUACCCAAUUGAUUAUGGUCUCCCUCAGCCUGAGGUAAAUAUGGUCGAGUGGUUAAAGAUGAUGGUUCAACUCAGACGCUCAGAAGAAGUAGUUGACCCUAACAUUGAGACUAGACCAUCAACUAGUGCUCUUAAACGGGCUCUUUUAACUGCUUUGAGAUGUGUUGAUCCCGAUGCUGAUAAAAGACCUAAGAUGAGUCAGGUUGCUCGCAUGCUUGAAGCAGAAGAGUAUCCUCUUCCUCGAGAGGAUAGAAGACGCAGAAGGAAUCAAUCAGUUAAUUCAGAUGCCGAUACACAGAGGAAAAACUCUGAUGCGGACCGGAGUGACGAUCCAGAUUUGAGGUUGGAGAGCAGAAUGCACCAUCACCCCUAGACUUGGGGACAAAAUGAGCUUUAGAAGCUGAGAACAAGGGAAACUACCAUCAUUACAUUCGUUACUAUUCCGAUGCCUUCAGAUGACCCCCAUAUAGUUGAGAUUUGCAGCACAUGCAGGAAACUGAGGGAUUUUUUUUUAUUUUUUAUUUUAAAUUUUUUUUUCUUUUGUGGAGCUCUGGAUUACAUACAUAUCUUCUAGAUUGUAGAAAACAUUAGCUUGUCUUGAAAAGGGCAUUGGCACUAGAUUUUCUGUACAGGUCUAUAUGGAUUCUAUAUAAUUUUUUGCCUCUUUAUUCGGAUGCUAUAUUCUUAA